AUGUUUUCAGAAGUGGUGUACGAUUUGAUGGAGGCAUCGGUGUCAUCGAUGACCGAAGAUAAUAACCUUUACAUGGACGACGGCGUGGACGGGUUCCCGGCGUUCGGCUUUCGGCCCGGGUCCGAGGUGAAGCAGCCGUACAGGCUGUACCUCCCGGAGAAGUUGCCGGCCGAGUUCACCCUGGUGGCCACGUUCAAGCCGACCUCCUUCCGAACGAGCUACCUCUUCGCCGUUCUCAAUCCCUUCGAAACCGUCGUCCAAUUGGGCAUUAGAAUUUCGGACGGACCUGGCUCGAACCAGAAUGUCUCGUUGGUCUACACGAAUUCGGACGAGCAUUCGCAUUCGGAGGAGGUGGCGAAGUUCACCGUGCCGAAGCUCACGAAGAAAUGGUCGAAGAUCGUCAUUAAGGUUUCCACGAGCGACGUCACCUUCUAUCUCAAUUGCCACGAGAUGGCCCGGCAGAGGGUCACCAGGAUCCCCCAGGAAUUAGUAUUCGAUACCGCCAGCACGCUGUACAUCGCGCAAGCCGGACCGCACAUCCAGGAGCGAUACGACGUGAAGUGUCAUUAUUUACCCAUAGGUUGGAGCAAAUAG